AUGGCGACAUAUUUGAAAUUACGGCUUUCUAACCAACAAAACUAUGUGGAAAUCAAACUUUCACAUCCGGAAGAAACCUAUAACACUACUGCUGCUGCUGCUGGCGGUGAUCUUGACAUCAUCUGUUGUGUUGACGUCAGUGGCUCAAUGUCUGGUAGUCCUAUAAACAAUGUCUGUGAAGUCUUACGUGAUAUCUAUCAACGUACACAAAAAGAUUACCGUCUAUUCACAUACAAUACUCAGACAGAUGUGAAACGUACAUUAAAGACAUUAUCUGAACGAAAUGACAAUCUCCAAGCUAGUGGUGGAACCUCAUUUGCCUGCAUAUUCACUGCCAUAAAAGAUUAUCUUUUACAAAAUGCAUCAGCCAAAAAGCCAAUAACCUUCAUAUUUAUGACUGAUGGGCAAGAUAAUGAACCAAAUGGACCAGCAUUGCAGAAGAGUGUUCAGAUGUUAAAGUUGAUGUUAAGUGGAAUGACGAAUUCACCUCCCAUUACAUUUCAUGUAAUCGGUUUCGGUGAAGUAAACGAUGCAUUUCUUAAUCAAAUCCGAACAUUUGGUACUCGCCAAGGUCUCUUUCGUUAUUCAACAGAAUCCAAAGAAUUACAAAAUAAUUUUAAUGAUAUGUUUGAAUAUGCAUUGAAUGUUCGUCAAUUCACCAUUAAAUUCCCCAAUGGAAAGACUUAUACUGCAAAUAAUAUCGAUAACGAAACUGUUGGUUUUCUUACGAACGAUGGUGAUGAUCUCAAAACGGAACAAAUUUACAAGGAAAUCGAUCAACGUAUGAUGGAAUAUCGACAAUUAUUUACGCAAUUAAAAAUGACUCAAGUACCCGAACGUGUAAAAUUGCAAUUGAGUGCACUGAGACAUGAUCCAAUCUUUGCUAAUACACAACGAAAGAAGAAAUUAGAUUUAAGAGUCUAUAAGAAUGUCGAUUAUUUCAAAAAAACAAAUAUCAGUGGGAUAUUACAAGGAUAUAAAGAUUCUAUUACAUCGGAUACAUGGCAAAAGAUCCAAGAACAGAAACAGAAUUGGGUGGAUACCUACUCCAAGGAAGAUAUAUAUGAAAUUAUGAGAAAAUCAUCGGAUAAUAUUUUAUGUUUGGGUAUUUUUGUUCAACGUGACGAAGAAGUCAUCAACAACCCCGCGAAAGGUUUAAAACUUUUAAAGGUGACCAAUACUAUUAUUUCAUAUGAUUCGUUUAUCAAUGGAAUGAAUCUAGCAAAAAAUAAUCAACAAGUCCAAGGACAAUUCACUACUCUAAAUGAUCUCUAUUCCAUCGCUGGUGCUCUCGCCGAUGAACAAAUCAAUGCAGUCAUACCCUUGUAUAUCAACGAUGAACAUAUGAAGCGAAUACGUAUUCUUGAAGGCAUUUGGCUUGGUUAUCUCUAUACCUUAGAUAGUUACGGAUAUGAUAAACAACAGGAAGUUGCACUUUUAAAAUUACUCUAUGAAAUUAUUCAACAACGUACGAAUACACAACGGCAAAAACAAGUCUUAAUCGAACUGGAGAAAGUAUGUCGAUUUAUAAUCGAUGAAUCCCAAGGUUUUAAAACUGCGGAACAAUUUGGUGAGAAGACCUAUGAAAAAUUAUUGAAGCGACUACCCAUUGCCAGUACUCAAGAGUAUGAUUUAUCUAUACCACUGAUGAUUGGUUAUUUAAGAAAUGAUCUUACAUCCAUAUAUGUCAAACUUGAAACUUGA